GGUGCAUAAUUCCCCACCACGAGCGCACGCGGUCAGUCUGGCGCCAAUGCUAGUAGGGGACAACAAAAAUGGCGCCAAGAAAGGAAAUCCUCGAUUCCGAGGACGAGGGCAGUGAUCUUAGCCCCAUUGACGACAACAUUGACGACGGCGACAACAUGGAGGGCUUCAAGGACGCCGACGCGCAUCGCGACGAGCUCCCCUCAGCCCCUGCAGGCGAGGAGCCCCGCGACGCGCCCCACGACGCGGCGACUGUCGACAGAAGCACUGGCUCAACCGACAUGUCUUUUUUCCAGCGCAUCUACAAUGAGCAGUCGGCCGCUGCCAAUGUGCCGCAAGAAGAAGACGGGACGGACCCGGCUAGCCGCGCCUUGCGCUCGACAGCGACCGACGUGUCUCUGCCCGCGCGCCGCACCAAGCAGACGGCGCAGGCCAAGGGCUCGUCGUCGCUCACCUCCGUCACUGACCCGGUGCCGGCGAGUCGCAAGGCUGCGAAAAAUACCAACGAGGUCCGCAAGGCGGACGUCAUCAAUCUGACCCUGACCCAGGUUACCACUCCUAGCAGGAGGGAGCAGCCCGUAGCCCGAGCCGCCGCUGAUCCGUGGGAGGUGCCGAGCAGUCCUCUGCCGUCGACACUAGGUCCCGGCUCUUCAGUCACCAGGCCGCGCUCGCCGCGAGUCGCAAAGACGUACGGGAAGCGCAAGCGAGGCGGAAGCCCGCUGUCCAGCCCCCAAUACGGCGCACAUGCCACCCCCCUCCUAAACAACAUGCCGCCCACCCAGGACCCGUACGACUUCCCAGACCAGCCCGGUGUGUCGUCGCCCGCAGAACCUAGGCCCAAAAGGACCAAAAAGACAAGCCCCCUCACGCAGCCGAGCAACGCGCAGCCGAGUGAGGACUCUACUCCAGUGGCUAUACCGCAGCUGAACCACGACAGCCUUGGCCGACGCUCCCGCUGCCAAGCCGGUCGCGGCAAGGCUGGCAGCUCACUCGGUUAUGACUCCACCGUGGCCGACGCCUCUCCAUCGCUGUACAUUGCGCCCAGCGCUUUGACCGCGAGCCAGAAGCAGGAGUAUAAGACGGUCAGUCUGUCGUCCGAGCCCGUUCACGACGACUCGCUGGUACCAGAACCGUUCUUGCCGUUGGUUGGCCCCCGGUUCGACGCGGCCACGCAGCAGCAGCAGAAAUCUAGCGGCGCUACAACCAUCGCCUACACAACUCCAAGUCGGUUCGGCUCAUCGAGGCCGAGGAUAUCCCCGAGCGACGGUGUGCUGCCCGAGGAGGCGACCGUGCUCGCCGAAAUACCAACACAGGCAACUACAGAUGCAUAUCAGCCAUCGUCCCCUGACAUAAUAUCCAUUGUUCCGGCGGGUGUGAAGCGGAAGAGGACCACGCAAUCCAUGCUGGUUAGCAAUCAUAUUUCUCCGUCUCAAGCAGAUCCUCCACCCGUGAAAAUAAGCCGCAGUUCGAGGAAAAAGAGAGCCACCGCUCAGGAGCCGCAAGAAAUGUCCUGGGACGCCAGUCUGGAUGAGCAAGCCCAAGAGCAAGCCGAAGCUCAGGUUUUUGCGGUUGACGUGCCAGAUGACGGUUUACUUGGCGUCGAGGGUGACGCCCAUUCAGCGAAGACGACACUAGAUUCCAAUGACAUAUCCGCCGGCGCUGCUCCAUCCCAGCCCGUUAAUGUCGGGGACUCUGUUGAACCUACCACCGUGGCUCCAGAAGAGCAGCAGCCCGUCGCGCCCAAAAAGAAGCGGGGGCGCAAGAAAAAGGAGCCUGCCAAAAUUAAAGAGAGAGCCAGUGCAGAAGGAGACUCCAAUGAUCCGCUACAACCAGCCGAGGACAGCCUGUCAGCAGGUGCCGAAUCUCUAUCCAUCCCUGUCUCAGACACAACCGCAGAAGAGCCGGCCAAGAGGAAGCGCGGGCGGCCGCGUAAGUCGACUGUCACCCAGCUUCCUGUUGAGCCUGACGCCGUGGAGAACGGCGAGGGCGUCGACACUGCCCUCUCUGAAAUGCCACCGGAAAACUCACAACUGGUAGCUCGCGCCCGGCGGGGACGCCCUAGGAAGUUACGCGUGAACGACAGCGCUGGCGAGGACGACGACGCGGACGGGGAUCACGACCAAGACUUUAGUGAAGCCCCCGCAGAUGAAGACGAGGGGCCUAAUGACGAUGACGAUAAUGACGACGAUGACGACGAGACGAAGGAGAACACUUAUACCACGAGUAAUAGCAAGAAAAGGGGCAAAAAAGACACCAAGGCCAAAAGCAAUAACAACAACUCGAAAACAGCAAAGCCGAAACUGACCAAGUCGGCACCUCCAUCCAAACAAGACAUCCCCACCCCCGCCGCCAACGACGGCAAGCAGCCUCUGCCUGUCAACACUGCUGCUGCAGCCAAUGACAAGGCCACAGCCACCAAACCGUUCGAGGGCAAACCUAUUACUGCGAGCGCCGCCGCAACCGCCGCCGCGGCAGCAGCAAAGGUGCAGUACCGCGUGGGCCUGAGUAAGCGGUCGCGCAUUGCGCCGCUGCUGAAAUCGCUGCGCAAGUGAGUGAGUGAACCACUACCCGGACGACGACACAAAAACAAGGAAAGGGGGGAUGGGGAAUGAAACGGGAUGAUGUGCGAUAGGUACG